AUGUCUGACGGAGGGGAGAGCCCUAAGUCUGUGCAGGAGGCCCCUGCGGCCGCCGCCCCCGGCGAGCCCAUGGACCUCAACACCGCCAUCCAGGUGGUGAUGAAGAAGGCGCUGGCGCACGACGGCCUCGCCCGCGGCCUCCACGAGUCGGCCCGCUCCAUCGAGCGCGGCCAGGCCCAGCUGGCCAUCCUGGCGGACGACUGCAACCAGCCCGACUACAAGAAGCUGAUUGAGGCGCUGUGCGCCGAGCAGAGCGUCAACCUCAUCUCCGUGCCCGAGCAGCAGACGCUGGGCCAGUGGGCGGGGCUGUGCAAGAUUGACAGCGAGGGCGAGGCGCGCAAGGUGGUCAAGUGCUCCUGCGCCGUCAUCACCGACUACGGCGAGGAGACCGAGGGCCUGGCCAUCCUGCAGGAGUACCUGAAAAGCCGCUGA